GUGGGACAGCAUCCAGGCAGAAAGGAUUUUUGGGAUGCAUUCGUUCAUUACAGUUGAAUGGAAUGGCCCUUGACCUGGAAGAGAGAGCAAAGAUAACACCAGGAGUUGAACCAGGCUGUCCUGGACAUUGCAGCAGCUAUGGUAACCUGUGUCACAAUGGUGGAAAAUGUAGAGAGAAAUACAGCGGAUUCUCCUGUGACUGCACUUUCUCUGCCUAUGCCGGGCCAUUCUGCAAGAAAGAGAUCUCUGCCUAUUUUGGGACUGGCACUUCUGUGACAUAUAAUUUUCAAGAAUACUACACCUUAGCUAAAAAUUCCAGUUCUCAUGCUUCUUCUUUCUAUGCUGACAUGACACUGAACAGGGAAGAAAUUACAUUUGCCUUUCGAACAACACGGACACCAAGCUUACUCCUUUAUGUCAGCUCCUUCUACAAGGAAUACCUCUCAGUCAUUCUCACAAGAAACGGAAGUUUACAGAUCAGGUACAAACUCGAUAGCCAUCAAGAUCCUGAUGUCUUCAGUAUCAAUAUCAAAAGCAUGGCUGAUGGACAACUGCAACAUGUGAAGAUCAACAGAGAGGAGGAAAUGCUCUUUGCAGAGGUUAACCAGAAUGAAAGAAUGAAGUUUACUCUGUCUUCAGGCACAGAAUUCAAUGCAAUCAAGUCCCUCACACUUGGCAAGAUUUUAGAAAACAGUGAUGUAGAUGAGGAGACUAUGAAGGCAAAUUCUCAGGGGUUUAUUGGAUGUCUCUCUUCAGUGCAGUUCAACCACAUUGCUCCUUUGAAGGCUGCACUGCACCACAGCAGCUCAGCCCCCAUCAUUGUAAAGGGACGCUUCACUGAAUCCAACUGUGGUACUUCAACCGGAGCUGACUCAACAUCAAGUGAAACAACCCAUUCAUUUGCAGAUCACUCUGGACCAAUAGAUGAGGGAGAACCUUUAGCUAAUGCAAUCAGAAGUGACUCUGCAAUUAUUGGAG